AUGUUUCCCACCCGCAUCCUGACUGGUCUGAAUAGGCAACGGCUGGAGCUUUCCAGAGUCAUCACCAACAUGGACAUGGCAGCAUAUUCGCGGCCCCCAACCCCCUUUCCUACGCAGCAGGAGGAGGAGGACAGGGAGGAGGACAAGGAGGAGCUCGAGGGUGAAGCUUCAUCCCGGAUGGGCCGCAGCGGCAUGGCAGCAUGGGUCUGA